AUGGCUCAAAUCGAUUUAGGUAUUCCAUGCGACAUGCAUGUUCACGUUAGAGAAGGUCCUAUGUGUGAGUUAGUCACGCCUACGAUCAAGGAAGGGGGUGUUUCAGUUGCUUAUAUUAUGCCCAAUUUACAACCUCCAGUCACUAGUAUUGACAGGGUUAGUGAAUAUAAGACUAAGCUAUCUAAAAUCUCUCCAGACACCACUUUUCUCAUGAGUUUCUAUCUAUCCGAUCUGUUAACUCCUGAAGUGGUUGAAGAGGCUGCUAAGAAUAAAUUGAUCCAUGGCAUCAAAUGCUACCCUGCAGGUGUCACUACAAACUCUACUCAAGGUGUUGAUCCAAAUGAUUUUUCCAAAUUCUAUCCUAUCUUUGAAAAAAUGCAAGAAUUUGGUCUUAUUUUGAAUUUACAUGGUGAGAAACCUUCCACAGAAAGUUGUUUCUCGGAGAAGGACAAAGAGGACAUUACUGUCUUGAAUGCUGAAGAAUAUUUCCUGCCUGCUCUUAGAAAAUUGCAUACUGACUUUCCAGAUUUAAGAAUUGUUUUGGAACAUUGUACUACGCAAAAGGCAAUCGACACUAUCAUGGACAUCAACAAGGAGAUUAAAGAUCCGAGGGACAUUAGGGUUGCAGCAACAAUUACCACCCACCAUCUAUUCUUAACAAUCGAUGACUGGGCAGGAAACCCGAUUAACUUUUGUAAACCAGUUGCCAAAUUGCCAAGUGAUAAAAGAGCAUUGAUUGAUGCAGCUACCUCUGGUAAGCCAUACUUUUUCUUUGGCUCUGAUUCAGCCCCACAUCCACUGAGUAACAAAGCUAGAAUAUCAAGUGUUUGUGCAGGUGUCUACACACAAUCGCUAGAGAUUCCAUACCUUGCUCAGGUAUUCAAUGAUCACAACUCAAUUGAUAAAUUGAAAGAUUUUGUUUCCAAGUUUGGUAGAGAGUUCUACAACUUAGGCCCACACGAAAUAAUAUCCAAGGACCAUUGUAUCCUUUACCAAAAGUCACAAGUGGUGCCAAACGUCAUUACAAAUGCAGACAACUCAGUCGAAGUGUGUCCAUUCAAAGCAGGUGAAUCUUUAAAUUGGUCUGUCAAAUGGGAACCUGUCUUUUAA